AUGCCUGCUCAGAACAAAUCACUACAUGAAUUCUUUGAUAUUGCCGUCAAUGCAACCGACCUCAUCUUUCGCGGUUCUUAUCGCGGCAAGCAAGAACAUGCAGAUGACAUGACCCAUGUCCUACAGCGAUCUCGCGAUGCAGGCUGUAGUCAAUGGCUCGUGACGGGUACAGACUUGGAAGACUCACAAAAAGCGCAUGCAUUGUGUUUGGAGCAUCCGGAUAUGCUUGUUUGUACUGCUGGCAUUCAUCCAACACAAUCCAAGCUUUGGCUCGAGUAUCGGGAUGGUCCUGAUGCAUGUCUCGAUGCAUUGAUGGCACUCAUUCAACAAGAUCAAACGUCUUCCAAUCCACGCAUUCGUGCAUUCGGUGAACUAGGUCUCGACUACGAUCGCCUCGAUUGGUCACCAAAAGACACACAACUCGCUUGCUUUCGUGCACAAAUGGAAUUGGCCGUAGCGUUUCAACUCCCCUUGUUUCUUCAUUCUCGUGCAGCAGCAAAUGACUUUGCGUCGAUUCUUGACGUGUAUCAAGCGAGGUUGCCGAAACGUGGCGUUGUACACAGUUUCACGGGUACGCUCGAGGAGAUGCAGUCAUUAUGUGCACAAGGCUGGAGUAUCGGUAUCAAUGGCUGUUCCCUCAAGACACAAGAAAACUUGCAUGUUGCAAAACACGUCCCACUGGAUAAACUCAUGCUGGAGACGGAUGCGCCAUGGUGUGAGAUUCGACCGAGUCAUGCAAGUAUGGCGUUACUACAGAAACCCGACUGUACGGGUGAAGCGGCGCCUGUGUUGGAGGAUGCUCGAAAGGUAGAGCGUUUCGAGAUGGGUCUACGCGUACGAGGUCGGAAUGAACCAUGCAGCGUGAGUCAAGUAGCAUUUGCGGUUGCAAACAUCAAAGGCAUCAGCAUGGCAGAGGUGAGUCAAGCAGCUUAUAGAAAUAGCAUGAGCAUGUUUGGAAUGGCAUAG